ACAGGCCAGGAAGCUGGCUCCAAGGGAAGACUACAGACCUCCCUCCCGGGGGUACAUCCCGCGCGGUCCCCUCGCGGGUCGCACCCCAGGCAGCAGAACCCCGCCCAGCUCGCGGCGGCAGAGGGCGCGUAAUGACAUCAUCCCGGAGAAAACGCCGAGACUGCGCCACGAAGUUUGUCCCUUUGGAGGCGCCGUCCAGGUCCGCGUCCUGCUCGCAUCAUGUGACUGACCAAGCGGAGCCGGAGACCAGUUUCCUAGGAGAAGACCCACCGUGGGUGGUGCGCCCGGCGGACGGCGGCGGGAUGGAAGCAACCUUGGAGCAGCACUUGGAGGACACAAUGAAGAAUCCAUCCAUUGUUGGAGUCCUGUGCACAGAUUCACAAGGACUCAAUCUGGGAUGCCGAGGGACCCUGUCUGAUGAGCAUGCUGGGGUGAUAUCUGUCCUAGCCCAGCAAGCAGCUAAGCUAACCUCAGACCCCACCGAUAUUCCUGUCGUGUGUCUAGAAUCAGAUAACGGGAACAUCAUGAUCCAGAAGCACGAUGGCAUCACAGUGGCCGUGCAUAAAAUGGCCUCUUGACACCCUGUGUCCAUUCUCCUGCAGCCUGUCACAGGGCCUCAUUCAUACUUACCUUACAGAACUAUUCAAGUUCCAGUAGUUAGGCUGUUCGUAUAAUGUGCAUUGGGUGCUUUUCUAUUAAUUUUAGAGUAAGCUGCUUUUUGCCAUUCCAUGGAUUGACUUAUCAAAAUACUGGUUAGGAAAGUAUCAUGUUUUGAAGCAGCAGGUUUAGGUCACUUUAUAUAUAGAAUCUUGUUAUGUUUAAUAAACCUGGUUAGAGGAAAGCUUGGAUCUUUUCUGGAUUCUUUAAAUUCUUAUCAAAUGUUUAUUUUUCAAUUACCAAAUUGUAAUCUUUAAAAGGUAACUGCUCCAAACUCUUCCCUUGUGGAAGCUCCUGAAAUACAGAGGAUCUCACAGAUGCAUCCGUGGAUAUGUAAAACAAGUCAAACAUACUCCUACCCCACAAUAAAAAAAAUAAUAGCAUGGGGUUCCUCUUGUGGCUCAGUGGGUUACAAACCCGACUAGUAUCCUUGAGGACGCAGGUUCGAUCCCUGGCAUCGCUCAGUGGGUUAAGGAUCCAGCAUUGCUGGAAGCUGUGGCGUAGGUUGCAGAUGCAUCUUGGAUCUAGUGUGGCUGUGGCUGUGGUGUUGGCUGGCAGCUAUAGUUCUGAUUCCACCCCUAGCCUAGAACUUCCAUAUGCCGCAGGUGCGGCCCUAGAAAGCAAAAAAAAAAAAAAAACAAAAAAAAGCAAAAACCAAAAAACACUAGAGCAGAUACAUUAGGUACUUACCGUAUGCCAGGAAUAUAUUUAAUUCUCAUUAACAACCCUAUAUGGGUUAUCAGCAGAGAGAUGGAAGCAACUCACAUCUACGGAUGGGUGGAUAUAUAAACGAAAUAUGGUAUAUACAUACCAUGGUAUAAUAGCCUUAAAAAAGGAACGGAAUUCUGACGCAUGCUACAACACAGAGGACUCUGGAGGACAUUAUGAUGAGUGAAAUAAGCCAGUCACAAAAAAAAAAAAAAAAAAA